GCUUCUUCUUAUCAGAGCAUCAUUUAAGCUUUCUUCAUGCAAUCCAAUAUAUAGCUUAAAGGUUGGAGAUUCCAAAUCAUCAAAAGUCUCUCCAAAUGCUCCCACCGCAAGUCAUCAUAUUCUCCUAAUGCUUUUUGCUCAUCCUAACUAAUUAUAUACAAAGACCACAAACAGUUAAUAUAAUCAAGUUAAGCACCCAUUGAUACCUUCUCCUUCCUCUCUCCCACAAGAAAAGUACCUGCCAAUGUACCACCCUCCGAAAAUUUAAAAAAAUAAAUAAUAAUAAUAAUAAUAAUAAAAUUACUAUCAUAUACCUCAAGAAUGCUCCCUCCCUCACUUCCAUUGCCAUCAGAUCAACAGGUUCAUAUAAUUACAAUCACCCCUCUACAAGAGCUGUAGAGCCGUUGCCAUCGGAUCAACAGGUUCAUAUAAUCGCUAUCACCCCACUGCAAGAGCUGCAGAUCUGUUCCAACUCCGCUCUUGAGGCCAGAAAUGCAAGGAGUUACUCGAGCCAUUCCUGCACUCAAGCAUGCAAUUCUACAGCACCCCCAUAUGAAGAAAACCAUUUUCAGAUCCAAAGCGUUUUCACGUUCCGAAUGUAUUUUAUCUGCUCCUAAAGAACAUAAAGGACUUGAGAAUACAACUGUUGCAGAAGUUCUAAAAACAAAAGGAGAGUGUGCGGAUCGGUCAUUGCUCUGGUGUCGCAUUGAUGAUACUGUUUAUGAUGCCGUGAAACAUAUGACACAAAACAAUGUUGGAUCUUUGGUGGUUUUAAAGCCAGGGGAGCAAAAACUGAUUGCAGGAAUCCUUACUGAAAGAGACUACCUAAGGAAGAUAGUAGUGCAGGGAAGAUCCUCCAAAACUACUAGAGUUGGAGAAAUUAUGACUGAUGAGAACAAGCUCAUCACAGUGACCUCCGAUACAAACAUUAUGCGAGCGAUGCAAUUGAUGACAGACAAACACAUUCGGCAUGUGCCAGUAAUAGAUGCAAAAGUGGUGGGAUUGAUCUCGAUUGUGGAUGUCGUUAGAGCAGUGGUAGAGCAGCAGGGUAUGGAGGUGAAGCAUUUGAGUGAGUUCAUCAGAGGGGAUUAUUACUAGUUAAUGCAAAAUUACUUCUUUGAGUAUUGUAUGAGGUGCUUUAAAGCUUAAAUGUGUUUCACAUCUUUGCUUGAAGAUAGUGAAGAGACAAGUACAAAAUCAACUAUCUAUCCAAGAGCCCCAUAAAUGCACAUUGGAAAAUUUGUGUUGGACACUCAGCAAUUACGAAUGUUGUACCAAGGAGGCUGAAUUGCACUUGGACACUGCACUCAUUUACGAUAACCUUGUCCAAAAAAAUUGAAAAUUAUGCUGUCCAAGGAGGGGAGACUUUGAAUGCAGCUACCCAAGAAAAGGUUAUCCAAAAAAAGGAAGAAGUGAAAAAAAGAAGAAGAAGAAGAAAAAGUUCUCUGCUCCACAUCCUCAAUUGCAACCAAUAGCUAACACUACGUGGACUGGAUUUCAAGAGAGUGCAUGUUCACAAUUUAGAACCGACGUUCACAUUUUAGAACCGACUUAUUACGGGGUUCAAGUUUCGCACACAUCUGCUGUAUUGGUAUAUGUCCCACAGCUCAUCUCUUCAAUAUAUACUCUUCUUCUUCUUCUUCUUCUUUGGAGAAGCUCUUCAAUAUAUGCUCAUGCAGCCCUCUUCCAGGAAAAGGUUGUCAAAGAGGUGUCA